UAAAUUUUUAAACUGAACAACGCUACAAAAUUCAUAAGACUCUUGACUCUAUUUUUUUUGAAGGAAGCUCCACUGCAGAAACCCAGCCUCAUAGAACUCUAACUCGUACUCCACAAGAGUUCGCAUCAAUAAACAUCAAAUCUCGCUAGACGAAAUUCCACGCAGAAAGCUUGUUAAACUGCCAUUAGCAGUUCGCCUUCAAAAUCUCAUCUUGCUGCAGGGAACUUAAAAGCUGUUAACGAUUCGAUUGUGUUAGGAAUUGUAGGGAGGGAUGGAUGAAAGUCUCCAUGGAAAGGGGAGAAGGAAAUGAAACUUAUGUAGCUUCCGGGCAACGGUUUUGUCUGCUUGAGCUUUGGGAUUAUGUAAUUUGGGCUGCGUGCUGUUUGUGUACAUAUUUAUAUAUGGAUUGGCCACAUAAUCAUGAGAAGAAGAGUUGUUCAGCCAUUAAUUGGUGGAAACAACAAUACCAACAGUGGCUUUCCAAUGGAUUUGGGCACGCUAUGCAAACAGGGAAGAUUGAGGGAGGCGCUGCAACUUUUGAAUGGCAUGGACAAUUGCUUAAAACCUUCAACGUAUGCUUCUCUGUUGCGCCUCUGCACUGGAAAAAAGUUCUUGGCAGGGGGGAAAUUAGUCCACCAGCACAUGGAUCGGAUGGGAUUCAAACCUGACAUGUUUUUAAGAAAUACCAUGGUUAACAUGUAUACAAAGUGUGGGAGUUUGGAGGAUGCUCGCCAAGUGUUCGACGAAAUGCCUCAACGAGAUGUUUGCUCAUGGACUGUAAUGGUUGCAACUUAUUCCAAACACGGGCUUGCGCAGGAGACAUUUGAAAUGUUCCACCAAAUGCAAAUAGCAGGUAUCCAACCCAAUGAAUUUACCUUGGCAAGCGUUAUCCCAGCAUGUGCUGUCUCAGCAGAUCUGCAUCAGGGUAUGAAAAUUCAUGGACAUGUAAUCAGAUGUGGAUUUCAGGCCGAUGUCUUUGUCCAGAGUGGUCUUGUAGAUAUGUAUGCUAAAUGUGGGAGGAUAGAUUUUGCACGCUAUGUGUUUGAUAAAAUGCCUGAACGAGAUGUACAUUCAUGGACUGCUAUGGUUUCCGCUUAUUCCAAGCAUGGUCCUGCACAGGAAGCUGUGACUCUAUUUCGCGAAAUGCAGCAAUCAGGUCUGCAACCCAAUCAUUUUACGUUUGCCAGCGUUCUUCCAGCUUGUGCCCAGUUGGCUGCUCUGGAGCACGGUAUAGAGAUUCAUGAAUUUAUAAUUAGUUGUGGAUUUCAUACUGACCUAUUUGUGCAAAGUGGCCUUAUAGACAUGUAUGCAAAAUGUGGUUGUUUAGCAAGAGCGCAGUAUAUAUUUGACAAAAUGCAACAACACGGAGUCGUCGCUUGGAAUGCUCUGAUUGCAGGGUAUGCACAGAAUGGAUAUGUUGAAAAAGCUUUUGAUCUCUUCCUAAAAAUUCCGGAGAGAGAUACUAUCUCAUGGAAUGUAAUGAUUUCAGGAUAUGUGCAGAAUGGAUAUCUUGAUGAAGCUGUGAAGCUCUUUUGGGAAAUGCCUGAGCGCAAUGUUACAGCAUGGAAUGCAAUCAUUAUAGGAUAUGCCCAGAAUGGGUGUGUUACUGAAGCCUAUAGUAUGUUUCAAAUGAUGCCUCACCCUGAUAAUAUUUCUUGGAAUGCUAUGAUCUCAGCUUAUGCCAAAAAGAGGCAUAGUGAGGAAGCUUAUGAACUUUUCCAAAAAAUGCCCAACCCAAAUGUUGUAAGCUGGACAGCUUUGAUUUCAGGAUGUGCACAGAAUGGGCAAAGUGAGGAAGCCCUGAAUCUAUUCGGACAAAUGCAAUUGGCAGGCGUACAACCAGAUUCAAAAGCCUUCGCCACUGCUUUAUCAGCGUGCGCUAAUUUAGCAGAUAUGGAACAAGGAAUGUUGUUUCAUGAAACUAUAAUUAGAAGUGGGUUUCUACCUUCUGUGCUUGUUGAGAAUGCCCUUAUAGACAUGUAUGCAAAAUGUGGGAAUUUAGACAAGGCACGCGACUUAUUUGACAAAAUGCAUCAACGGAACCUGGUGUCCUGGAAUGUAAUGAUUUCUGGAUAUGCCAUUCAUGGACGUGGCAAGGAAGCCCUUCAAAUAUUUGAACAAAUGCAACAAUUCGGGACGACCCCAAGCGACGUGACGUUUGUCUCUAUUUUGUGUGCUUGCUGUCAUGCAGGCCUAGUGGAUGAGGGUCAACAAUAUUUUGAUAGCAUGACUGAAUUUUAUCACAUCACGCCUUCAAUGGAACACUAUGUUUUCAUGGUUGAUCUUCUAGGCCGGGCUGGUCUUCUUAACAAGGCAGAAGACUUUAUACAUAAAAUGGAAAUGCAUCAUGCUGCAAGCCUGUGGAGAUGUUUGCUUGGUGCGUGUGGAAUACAUAAAAAUGUAGAGAUAGGAGAACGUGCGGCAGGACACCUUUAUGAACUGGACCCAAAUAAUGGGGCGAAUUAUGUUCUAAUGUCAAACAUCUAUUUGGCAGCUGGUAGAUGGGAAGAUGCUGAAAAUGUCCGACGCAUGAUGAAAAACAGGAGCAUUAAAAAGAUGCCGGGGUACAGUUGGAUUGAAGUCGAUAAACAGGUGCAUGUUUUUCGUUCAGGAAACAAAUUGCAUGCACAAACACCAAAUAUCAUUGAAGACAUUGGAGAGAAUUUAAUCGCAGGUGAUGGUGCUGAGGAAUGUGCCUGAGACAACAUUGUGCUACACGAGGUGGAGAAGAACAGAAGGAUCAAAUUAUUGUCAACCACACAGAGAACUGAUGAUUGCAUUCUGGCUCACGAACUUAUGCCAUUGCACUACUAUGGUGGUCUAUCGAAAGCCUUCGAGUCUGUGAGAAUUGCCACUUUACCAUCAAAUUCAUCUCCAAGACUACUGUGUAAAAAAAUGUUUAGAGAGAUGCCAACCGUUAUAGAUGGAAGAUGUAGUUGUGGUGAUUUCCAGGAUGGAAGGUUAGUUAUAACUUUUGGGGAUUAUUGGUAGACUAAAACAGUAUGCCCGCUAAGCUUGCUGUAUAUAAUAACCGUAUGCUUAUGGGCAACUUUCCUCUGCUCUGAAGAAAGCAGGUCUGCAACUUAGUCCAGCGAUCUCAACCAUUUUUGUCAGGUUUUUGGAGAAGAGGAGUCGAGCUGAGGCGAGGCCUGAACAAGCCCCACACCAAUUUAAUCGUGGCAGAGAGAAUCGAUCUUGGGACCUAUAUGGAAUGAAUCCAAAGCGCUUAACCAACUACGCUGCCCCUUCAGGAUAAAUUCAUUUCUUUGUUCCAAUUCACUGUAAGACGAAGUGCACAAAAUGGCAUUGAGAUCAAUUGUAUGACCUAGUAAAAUGUUUCUGAAAAUUAUUUGGUUUAUGGUCGUGAAGUUGACUUAAGGCAUUACGUUCGUGUUUUACAGCUACAAUGCGAUGCAUUCAACAUUUGAACCUAGUUCAGAUCAUGAAUUUGGUAAAUGAGGAAUACCAUCUUUACCAGCUGAGAUAAGCAUAAAAGAGUUCACGUGACAUGCAGAUUGCAUUAAGAAACAUG